GUACAUUCAAAGUAGGUACCUGACACCACCUCCGACAGGGAUCUUCUAGGUUAGUGUAUUUCGAUAAAGCACUCCCACAUCAAUAUUGUAGACCUUCUCCAACCUAUUUGGACGAAUUCAAGCGACAAUGAAUUCACCAAUAUGCAGUCACUGCCACAAGGCACUACACCAAUCUUUGCGAGAUCUACGAAGAAGAGGGCACCAACGACGCAUACUAUCCUCAGCCACCCCCCGCCAAACCUCAAGCUCAAGCUCAAGCUCAAGCUCAACUUCACCCGAACCCGAACCCGAGUCCCUAGCGGCCCUCUUCUCGAAACCAACCUGGUCAGUCCGGUCUCUUCUCCCGGAGCCAUCUUCCCUAACCAACACCGAUUCCUCAACCGAGGCCGAAAUAACCCCCCGCACCCUACAACACCUCCUGCGCCUCUCCGCCCUCCCUCCGCCCACUUCCCCCUCGGAAGAAGCACUUAUGCUCUCAACGUUAACCUCGCAACUGCACUUCGUACGCGCCGUGCGCUCCGUGAAUACAACCGGCGUCGAGCCCUUGCGUGCGAUACGCGACGAAACUGCGCUCGGCCAGCGUGAGCAGACCAUUGGCUUAGAGCAACUAAAAGACGCACUCGCGAACGAGGAUGUAGUAGGCCACGCGCGACGCCCGCGCCGACGGCAGCAGCAGCAGCAAGGGGGCAAUGGAGGUGCUGAUCCCGGGGUGGAAGGAUGGGACGUUUUAGCCGGAGCCAGCGAGACGGCAGGGCGGUAUUUCGUAGUCCGGACAGGCGCAGGGCAAGUAGAGAAGACGGAAGAGACUUAAUAAUAAGAAUAAUAAUAAGAUGAGAUGAGCAAUUACUACGCAAUGUCAUCACCUCAUACCAAAAUUCAUCGCCAACCAAUAAAAACGAAACCGAUCAUGUAUCGCCCUCUAGUCAAUGCAACCCCCUAGAACU